AUGCUUAUAUCCCUAACCACGCCAUUUAUCAUGAGUCAAAUCAGCACUACAAUCGAACCAAAGGAUGACCAUAUCAACUUUGUUCUCCCAGGUCGUUUGAUUGACCCCAAUACUCAUGCAAAGUCUAUGCUGGCUUGUGCUUUUUUAUAUUCACGUCACUGGAACCCACAAAACCUCAAAUACCACUGGUAUGGGCCAUGGUCUUGCAUAUUCCACGACCUCACCCAAGACAUACUCUGUCUUCUUCCCAUUCCCCAAUACCCCCUGUACUUCAUCUCCAGUUACAAUGAUCCUGCCGCUCGUCAGCCUGGUGAGGCUGUAGACCAAGGCAACACGACUUUGGAUUCAAUCACCUCCACGCACAUCUCACCUGACUCUUCUGUCAUCCCGGAUUUUGUGAUCACCCGCAUUGUCUAUUGUAUGAGGGAUGAUUUGGUGAUCAAUGACGAGCUAGUGGGAUGGCGGGCAAUCAAGAUUUUCUACGCAGGGAUUCCACUCAUCUGUAAAAUCAAACGCGGAGCAAAGCGGUUCUUUGAUGUUGACAAGUGGCUGAGUUCCUCUGGGCCCCUCAUGACAGCCACUCACAAGGAUGUUGAGAGGCAAGCCGCUCACUUGUUUUUGAUGUACCUGCACCAGCAAUCAGUGAUACUUGUGGCUGCCAGUGGAAUCUGGUGGUCUUACUGCAUUGUGAACAGGCAAGAUAUAUUGUUAAAGGAGGAGGAUUCAGGCUCGUUGGCGCAAGUGGGUGAAGUAGGGGGGGACAACAAACCCGAUCUAGAAGAUAUCCCAGAGGACAACAAUGUUCACGGCAACAUCCCUGCAGUGAUGGAAUCAGGCACUAACUUUGACACUGAUGUUCCUCUCGACUAUCAUUCACUUGACGACACCAAUAAAUCGGAUGGAAAAGAAAUCCACGUCAAGGGACCUGCACUGGAGAAGGUUCUCCCUCCUGAUCAACUUCAGCUUCAGGAAGGUCAUUGGUCUGGUUUUCUAUGCAUAGAUGGGACUGCUUGA